AGCCCACAGCGCCAUCACGAGGUCAAGACGCAUGAGUGAGGAGAAGGGCUGGGCAUCGCGCUACAUGAGCAGAGGACAAACCCUCCACAUAUCGGAUGCUGUGAAUCCGUUUAGCGUUUGCAGGAUGCGCUUAGGAUGAAAGGUGAUCUGAGGCAGAGAUGAGUCUGACUUCCUGGUUCCUGGUGAGCGGAGGGGGGACACGGCAUCGUCUCCCCAGAGAGAUGAUAUUUGUGGGACGGGAUGACUGCGAACUUAUGCUGCAGUCUCGCAGUGUGGACAAACAGCAUGCUGUCAUCAACUAUGAGCCUAAUUCAGAUGAGCAUAAAGUGAAAGAUUUGGGCAGUUUAAAUGGGACUUUUGUCAAUGAUGUCAGAAUACAAGAGCAAAUCUAUGUGACCUUAAAAAUUGACGACAAGUUGCGAUUUGGAUAUGAUACCAACCUCUUCACUGUGGUCCGAGGAGAGCUGCUAAUUCCUGAGGAGGCUUUGAAGCAUGAGAAGUUAAGUAGCCAAUUACAGCUUGGCCAAAAGAGGCUAUCAGAAGUACAAGUACCACAAGCCCCAAAGUCUGAAGUGAAGGCAACAGAGGCAGCAUCAGCUCCAGUGUGUGAAGGGGCCACAGCAAGGGCUCCUGAGACCAACAAAGUUGAAGACAAAACAGCAACGGAGAUAGCAGUGCUGCAUAGGGGCACCCCCCUCUAUGGGCAGCCAGCCUGGUGGGGAGAUGGAGACUCUGAUGAGCAACACUCUGUCCGUCCAGAGGAAAAAAACUCAGAGAGGAAACGGGACAAGGCUGAAACAGACACAAGGAAAUGUACAGACAACCAAAAGUCUGCCCAGGCAACAUCUAGCCAGGAUCCCAGUUAUUUUGAGAUCCCUACUAAAGAGCCAUCCACAGAUAGUAAAGCAGUGGGUGAGACAGGUCAAAACACAGACGCCAGUUCUUCAGCAGAGCCCAUGCUCGGCCACGCCUCCUUCACUAUCGAGUUUGACCCAGGAGCGGCCGGUAAAGUGACAGUUAAAGACAGAGUAGCAAAAGGAGGACAAGACACCAGAGCACGCCCCAAAAGACCUGUUGGCGAGGACCUCAGUCCACUGCAGACUGCCAUGGUGGCAGCUGAAGUCAAAGUAGCAGAUUGGCUGGCCCAAAAUGAACUGCCAUUGGCUCUCAAAGAAACUGCUGCGACAGAGGAGGAUGGAGAAAGUGCAAAAAGUGAUGUCCCUGUGCAUUUGAGGAGUAUUCAAGGCAGUAAACAUGAAGAUGGCACACAGAGCGACACUGAGAACGCUCUUGGAGAACAGCGCAGGGCCGUAGCACUAGAAGAGCGCUCGUGGGGACUGUGGGGAGGACCUGGGUUGAAGUUUCGAGAAGGUCGUGCCAAUGUACCAGAAGGGCUGUUUGCAGAAGAAGACAGCCCUGCACGCCGCAGAAAAACUCCAAACUCUAAAGCUGUAAGUGGAUUAGUGGAGAGGCGGCAUGGCUCUGCACCCCACCAACAAAGUGGACGUGAUGAGUGCUAUCGCCCAGGGGAUGACUAUAGUGACAGAGGGACCUAUACCAUUGAGAUGGAAAAUGGAGAUCAUGAAGAGGAAGAGGCUAGAAAAAAGACUUAUAAGGUGUUUGGUGCAGAAGAACAGGAGCCUGUGUGCCUGUCCAGAUUAGGAGGCUCUGAUCAGAGAGAGCGCAGUAACUCUCAGCGGUCAGGUCCUGGAGAGAGGAGACGGGAUGGCCGCAUGGAGCCAGAGGUGUUGUCAGAGGAACUGAUUGUUGGUGGGCCUCGCUGGGUCUCUCAGUGGGCUACAUUAGCUGCCACUCAUGUUCGAACUGACCCAGAGGGAUCAGGAGGAGACACUCAUGUAAUGGUGUCAGAGGACAGAGCUGAAGUUUGUGAGUCAGGACACUCAUACUCAUCAACUGGCUACACAGAGCGCAAAAGAAGAACUUUACCACAGCCACCUGUGGAGGACGUUGUCUUGGGAAGGCGGAGUCCGGGAUCUGGUGUGCGGGUGGAUAUGGGGGAGAAACAGGACACUGAACUCCAGGAAAAGGAGAGCCAGGAGGAGAAGACAGGCCGUGGUAAGGCUCGGAGUGGCCACAGCUCUGGAGGUGUAGGCAGUCAUGGAGGAAGUCCCUGUCGGUCCUCACCUGCAAAGUCCCAGGACAGCGGAAGUGGGAGAUCAGGACAGACUGGUGCCUUGGCCAGGCUACCUCCACGUCCACUCAGUAGUGGUGAGAAGCGAAUGGAGGAGUCACGAAGGAGGAAGAAAGAAGAUGAGAAGGCAAAAGAGAAUGGUGGGAAGCCGUUAUUAAGACAGGAGAGUUUCACGGUGGAAAGGCCCAGCUCCAGUGUUCCUAUUGAACUCAUACCUCGCAUUGACAGCUGCACAAGUACUAGAAAUAGUAAAGACACAGGUGUUGACAGUGCCACACUGCAAAAGGACUCUGAAGCUGUGGCAGCAUUUUUAGAAACCACUGUCUCUGACCAGGGAGACCCUCCAAGCCAGUCCAUUGAGGGCUCCAUGUCGCCGGAGUCAGAUGUGGACACCACCAGCACUGUAAGUCAGGCUGAAGGAGCCAGGAGGGUGGUGCAGAAGAGGCGUGCUCUGAUGGGACAGGUGAAGGAAAAAACUGUAGUGUGUCCAUCAGGCAAAGGCCCCACAGCCAAAGGUCCCACAGUCAAUCGAGAUACAGCAGAGAGGAGAAAGAACAAAACAUCUGCUCCACAGCAGUCCAGUCGCCCAUGGACCUCCUUAGACCUCACUGAUGAUGACGUCAACAGCAACUCACUUUUGUCUGACUCUCAGCCCAUUUUCACUCAGGAGUCUCGAAGCUCUCACUCCAAAGCACCGCCAGGAGGCUCAACUGUGGGAGCUAGUACCAAAAUCUGUUCUAGUAGAUCCAAAACUGCCCAGGGACCUUCUAGUGCAGCCAGUAAAACCAGCAGUGUCCCCAAGCCCCGACCCACCAGAGCAUCUCUGUUGAGACGUGCACGGCUGGGGGACUCUUCAGACACUGAACCAGCUGACAUGGACCGGAUGUCCGUGGCCUCGGAGGCAUCUACCGCCAGCUCCACAUCCCGAACGGGAAUGGCAAAGAGAGGGAUGUCCAGGAUAGAAGCCUUAGCACAGCCAAGGAGACCCAGGGUGGCAUCCCCAUCUGCUCAGAGUGACUCUGAGGCUACUGUCACCAAAAACAGACUCGGAGCCCGCAGUGCUGCAGGAGACUAUGCAUUAAGACAGGGACUAAGGGCAGCCAAUGUAACACAAGUGUCUGGACCAAGAGCUAGAGCAAACAGUGCUUCUAAACUUCCAGACAAGACCAAAGGCACUCCUUCAUACGGUCAUGUCACACCAUCAUCUGGCACCCGUUGGCGGCGAAUUCCAGCAGAGUAUGCGUCAACAUCAGAGGAUGAAUAUGGCUCAAAUCGACACUUUUCCAGAAAGGGACAGACUCCUGGGACAAACAGACCUGUUACUUCAACACGAGUAGCCCAGCUCAGCGGGUCAGCUCCUCCCACUCCAGGCCUGUCUGCUGUAAAGCAGCAGUCCAGAGAGCAGGAUGAGUACAUGAGAGACUGGACAGCUCACAGUGAGGAAAUAGCCAGAAUUAGCCAGGAUUUAGCCAAAGAUCUGGCAAUGCUAGCCAGAGAGAUCCAUGAUGUGGCAGGAGAGAUUGACUCGGUCAGCCCUGCUGCCACUGACCCAGGGGCUAGACUGGAUGAACGUGUAUUUGAGGACUCUGUAGAGCCUGAAGGUGCCCAGGAACAGUCUAAUGGUCAUUCUGUGGUGCUCAGGUCUAAAGAGGGCAGCUCACGCUCCAUCCGCCGCCAAACAUGGAACAGAGAAGACGCAAUACUAGAUAGUUUAAUGCUGACAUCAGUAACUCAACUAUCUACCAGAAUACGCCAGUGUGUGGACAAAACAACUUGCAAAAUCAGGAUUCUCUUCAAAGACAAAGACAGAAAAUGGGAUGAGAUUGAAAGCAAAGUACAAGCUGAGCAUGACUCUUUACUCCUGAAGAGCUCCAACAAGGAGAUUUCAAACGUCAUUCAAGACCUAAAGAGAGUUGAGAGGCAGCUACUUGUCAUUGAUAUGAUGGUCGACCCUGACGGCACACUUGAUGCCUUGACCAGUCUGGGAUUGACUAGUCCCCUGUGUGAGUCAAAGCCCAGUCCUGACAUUCAACAGGGGGCAGUAGAGAGUCAAAAAGAGACACUUACCUCUAGCGCACUUUCAGGAGCUGAACUUCACAGGCCCUCCGGUCAGGUAGAGGCAGGGGAGCAGGACACUGGGUUUCAAGCUGGCUUUGAGUCCUUUACAUAAAAUCAAAAGUUGUUAGUUAUUUGAAGUUUAAAUCAUGGUAACCGAAGAAGAAUAAUGGUGGAGACACCAUUUGCAACUGGAUCGUUCUUAAAACUUUGUCAUAGUAAAGUCUUUGGAUAACUGAAAUUGCACAUUUCUGUGUAUUUUUGGUGAAUGAAAAAGCAAAACCGUAAUACAACAUAAACCUUUGUUUAAUAAAAGCACAUUAUUACUCAUUUACCUUAUUAAUUCUUCUCAGAAAUCAUACUACUCUUUUUCCUGCCAGUAUAUUUGAUCUUGUUUACUCAAAUUACUUCCUCAGACAUGACAGACAGCAAAUAUAAAAGUGCAA